UUGCUAGGUGACCACCUGGAUCUACUUGUUGAGUGGAAGUGGGAGAAAUGCAGCAAUAAAGAGACGGGUUGGCCCCUUUCGAAGCGUGUCCUGGGCCGCAGCAGCAGGAACCGCACCUUCUCUACCCGCACAUUGUCCACACAGGACCCCCAGCCACGCCCCAAGUGUUCUUAAAGCAGAGAUGAGCAAUACUGCAGCUAGCCCAAUGCCCACCGAGACAUCAAGUACUGGAAGAAGAACGGGGGAAUCCAUCAGCUUUGCAGGCGAAUUACAGAGGAUGAUGUUUUCUUUAGGAGAUGCCAGGAGGCCUCUUCAUGAAACAGCAGUUUUGGUAGAAGAUGUGGUUCACACUCAGCUAAUUCAUCUGUUACAGCAAGCUGCAGACAUUUCUCAGCUGAGAGGAGCAAAGGUGAUCUCUGCUCAAGAUCUUUUGUUUUUGGUGCGCAAGGAUAAGAAAAAACUUAGAAGACUGCUAAGAGACAUGUUCUUCCGAGACUACAAAUCAAAACUUGUUAAAGGCACAGAUGAGGAUGAACUUCUGGAAGACAAACUGUGUGGCAGCAGGAAUUCCAACAAAAGGCAAAAAAUUGCUCAAGAGUUUCUCAGCUCUAUUGACCAGACAGGAGAACUGUUAGCAAUGCUUGAAGAUGAUGAGCUCGAUGAAGUUAAACAAGAGAGAAUGGAGAGAGCAGAAAGACAAACCAGAAUGAUGGAUUCCGCGCAGUAUGCAGAAUUUUGUGAAAGUCGGCAAUUAAGUUUCUCUAAAAGAGCCUCCAAAUUCCGAGACUGGUUGGACUGCCGCAGUCUGGAGAUAAAACCCAAUGCUGUGGCGAUGGAAAUUUUAGCGUACUUGGCAUAUGAAACCGUGGCACAGUUGGUGGAUCUGGCUCUUCUUGUUCAGCAGGACACGGUAACUAAGGCAGGGGACCCUUUCAGCCACGCCAUUUCUGCAACUUUCAUUCAGUAUCACAGCUCUGCUGAGAGUUCCUGCAUGAAGUGCAAUCCCGAUUCCCCUGAGAACACUCCUCCUGCCAUCCCAACAGCUCCAAGUGGAUCCCAGCACCCGGGGAAAACGACGUCCAGACCCCUGGGCACCGGGAGUGCCGGACAAGACUCCACUCAAACCAAACAGAGGAAAAGGAAGAAGAGUACUGCAGCCUAUGGUGGUGAGGCUCCCCGCGAUGCCAUCCAGCCCUGCCACAUCAGAGAGGCCAUUCGGCGCUACGGCCACAAGGUUGGCCCCCUCGCCCCAUUCACAAGUGCCUACCGCAGAAACAGGAUGGUUUUCCUGGCCUGCUGAGGUGAUGUUCAAUUCCUCCAUCCCCAGGCCCUCCGCUCCCACCCACGCCCCUGAGAAGGCAGGACAUGAGUACCAGUUGAAGAAGGGAAGCAUCAGACUGGGAAUCAGCCUGGGUCAUUUCUUCCUGGUUUGCCCCUGAGCAACCCCUCAGACAUCUCCACUCUCUCCAACGGGAAGUUAUUGCUUUAAUUCGAAAAAACAUUAAAAAAUAAAGAGACUGGUUGAGUCUGGCCACUGGCACCUUGGAGUUGGUUCACAGGAACUGGAGAAGAAGACAAGAGCAGGUUGACUGGGCUGAAGUUCAUGACCUAGCCCAAGGGGGCUAGGGUUGUUGAA